AUGUCAACAGGAUAUGCCUUGACACAUUCACGCAGCAAUUCUAUGAAAUUGCCUUUUGAAUACGAUUCAACGCAGACAUCAGCAGCAGAUGCUCUAGGUGAAUUGUCGCAAAUGGUACAUCGAAUUGGUGCGACAAAAUUACCGAUGCCUAAUAAAUGUGUUCCUAACAGCAUCACCAGUAAUAUUUUCACAUGUCUAAGAUGUGCUCAACGAUUUAAUACGCUUGAUGAGUUAGUGCUGCAUAUCAGUACAACAAAACAUUUCACGUGCGGAGCAACCAAGAAUCAUAAUGCUAUAGCACCGUGGGAAAGGGAUCGAGCAGCAACAAAUUUCGGGAAGCAAGUGGCUUCAUCGAAUUUUAUAGCAUCGUUAUUUUAUGAACAGAAAUGUGUUGAAGUACCACGGAAUCUGUCACAAAAAAACAUCGACAGUAGUUUUUGA